AUGAAAAAACUGUUAGGCAGUGUUACAGCUAUCAGUCUACGAGGAGAAGGACAUCAAUUUUUCGUUACAACUGAUAAAUGUCACCUUUAUCGGUUCAGUUAUUCAGAUUUCAACCAUGAACUAAUCAAUACAUGCCACAAUGCAGCUGUCAAUGAUGUCAGAUUCCCCUA